GUCCACCUUUAUCACUUUUACCGCAACUCGCUGCGCUUCCUGGACCUGGUAGUGUUACCUUGGAAAGUAGGCUAGUAACACAUGAGGUUUCACAUCAUAGCAUAGCAUUAUAUUGUUGAAAACAUGACAAAUAAAGGGCUUCAAAGGUUAAUAGAAAGAAAGUGAAAAGAGGGCGGCCACCUGAUGACGGUAACGGAGCGGAGGAGCUGUUGAGUGUUAGUCGCUGUUUGAGAGUGAGCGGCUAAAGUCCACUUGGAUUAUGACAAGCUGGAAACGGAUAAAUCCAUUUUCUCGAGGAACCAGGACACGAAUUUAGGCUUCUUCCCUCCUUGCUGCUGCACACUGAAGGAACCCUGCAGUGAAAGGAAAGAGUAACAGCCCACGAGUGUUUGUCUGAAGAGGUGAAUGUCUUUGUGCACACGUGCGACCUGUUAAAGGAGAGUUUCUACGCCAAGAGACGCCCAGCAGAGAUGCUAGGAGCUCACUUCAUGGCAGCGAUGCUCCUGUUGCUCACUUCGUUGUGUGCAGUGGCGAAUGGCUUUCCGUUCAGAACGCCUCUGGACCUGGACGUGACUCCACGCGUCACCGUCCUGAACAGCGGUCUCGAGGGCUACAGGCGUUUCGAGUCUUCUGCAGUCAACUACAGCACGAUGCUGCUGGAGGCUGACAGCGAGCGGCUUUACGUGGGGGCCCGUGGGGCCGUAUUCGCUCUGAAUGCCUCUGACAUCUCAGCCAGCUCCGCUCUCACUAUCGAGUGGGAGGCCUCCACUGAGCAAAAGCUUCAGUGUGUGCUCAAGGGAAAAGACAAUAAGACAGAGUGUUUUAAUCACAUCCGCCUCCUGCAGCGGUUUAACUCUACGCACCUGUACAUGUGUGGGACUCACGCCUAUAUGCCCCUCUGUGCAUACGUUGAUGAAAAGAGGUUUGUUAUGUCCUCUCAGCCCGAGGAAGGCAAAGAUAAAUGUCCUUAUGGGCCAACAACAGGUUUCACUGCCCUCAUUAUAGACCAGCAGAUAUACACAGCUUCCCGGUACGACUUCUGGAGCUUUCCGGAUAUUCGCCGAAACGCUCCAUCUCCCGCUCUGAAGACGGAGAAUGCUCCCACACGCUGGCUGAACGAGGCGGACUUUGUGGGUUCAGCUCUUGUCAGGGAGAGUUUGGGCAGCAGCGAUGGAGACGAUGAUAAGAUCUACUUCUUCUUCACCGAAAAGAGCCAGGAGCAAUCUACAACCUACAGCCACAGCAGGGUGGCGCGUGUGGCCCGAAUUUGCAAGGGAGACCGAGGAGGCCAUUUGACUCUCCAGAAACGAUGGACGUCCUUCCUGAAGACGAGACUGACUUGCUCUCUGCCCGAGUACGACUUCCACUUUAACAUGCUGCGCAGCGUCUUCGUAAUGCAUGGCCUCGCCCCGCAGGACACUCUGUUUUACGGCAUCUUCGGUUUGGAGUGGAAAAACGUGAAGGCGUCUGCAGUGUGUCGGUUCGCUUUGUCUGAAAUCCAAGAAGCCUUCCGAGGACCCUACAUGGAGAGCCAGGAUCCCGGCUCCACCUGGAAGGAAUAUGUUGGAAAAAUCCCCGAGCCACGACCUGGAACUUGCAUUACUGGCAAGCUGAGGGCCAAGGGCAUGAACGUCUCCACGUCCCUACCUGACGAAGUCCUGGAUUUUGUCAGACGGCAUCCUCUAAUGUCCCAUCAGGUCCAGCCUGCAGACAGACGUCCCCUCUUGUUCAGGAGGACGACAGACUACACACAUAUGGCAGCGACUGUGGUCCAGGGAGUAGACGAGCAAACGUACCACGUUUUAUAUAUGGGCACAGAUGAAGGUUGGUUGCACAAAGCCGUAGACAUCAAAGGUCAGCUGCACAUUAUCGAAGAGUUGCAGCUGUUUGAAGAACCAGAACCUGUUACCAACGUUCUGCUAUCUACAGAGCGGACGAGUGUGUACGUCAGCUCCCCAUCGGGGGUUGUUCAGCUGCCGCUGUCGAACUGCGAGAGAUACACUUCCUGCUACGACUGCAUAUUUUCCCGGGAUCCUCACUGUGGCUGGAGCGGAGCCGAGUGUGUGGACGUAGUGACUCAGUCGAACAGAUCCUCUUUAAUCCAAGACAUCCAGCAUGGCAGAACGGGGUGUGAGAACACAGGAUACGACGUGGUCCAGCGGAGCCGUUCUGUUCGGGUCGGCGAUGACGUGCUGCUGCAGUGCGAGCUCAACUCUAAUCUGGCGACUCCAUCCUGGACGCUGAACGGCGGCGAGGUGCAGGGCUACGACCUCAACUCCGGCUUCAGGACAGGGACGGACGGCCUGCUGAUCAUCGAGGCCCGGCAGGACCAGAGCGGCCUCUACACCUGCCACGCGGUUGAGAACGACAUUAAGGUCGCCAUAGUCACCUACAAUGUAACCAUCAGCCCGGAUCUGCCUGGUCCUCCACCUGGAGAGCCAACGGGGACCUUUAUUGCCACGGUACCAAGUACUGAGCACCCCUCAUCCGACGGGACGCAGUCACUCCACCUGCUGUCCCCCAAGAACAUGGAAGCCAUGUAUCUGUCCCUCAUCACCGUCCUCGGUGGGCUUUGCGUGGUCCUCACCGUUGUGCUCGCUUACGUGGGCUUCUGCCUGCGGGCAGACCAGAGAGGGAAAUACUCUCUGCGCGCCGCAGCCGCAGCGCACCCGAGCAGCAAGAGGAGCAGCAGGUGCAGGAAGCAGCACAGGAACUCCGCCCACAUGGAGCUGAAGACCGUCUCUAGCCACUGCAAUGGCGUCUGCAACGGGGUUUCCAAGCUGCAUAACGGAGACACCCAGGACGGAGGCUUUUUGCAGAUCGUUCCCGGUGAGGCUCAGACUCUGGCGAGUAACGAUCCUCCUCCCCCGGCGCCUCCCCUCCCUCCCACGCCGCAGCACACGUCUCCAGAGUGUGACUUCCCCAACGGGCUGUCAGCCACGCUGCCCAGCGUCCUGAGGCGGAUGAACGGGAACAGCUACGUGUUGCUGAGGCAGAGCGACUCAGAAAACACUUCGCCGCUCUCCCACUGCUUCUCCGAGGAGCUCAACAGGAUCUUGGAGAAGAGGAAGCACAUUCAGCUGCUGCCCAGGCCGGAUGAGAGCUCAGUGUAGAGACGCGCGGCUCUCUUGUUGAAUUUGGGCUCUUACCCUGUGCCUGUCGCGUUGACCCCCCUCAUUGCUAUAGCCUAGAGCAAUGAAAGAGUCUCAUUUCCAUAAUUUACUUUGGAUUAUAUUUGACAGCUCUGUCUUUUGAGCUAAUGAGCCGUUUUUGUCUUCUGAAAUGACCAAACCUUCUCAGCACACUAGAAAUGAAAAUGAAACUUCCCAGUGAAGGUCAGAGCACAAAGAAGGAAAUAAAAUGCAAUCUACCUCACCUCUACACUGCCUGAAGAGACAUGUUGUCAAGACCACAGUCGGCUCUGAGAAUCGGUGCCGGAAUAUUACGGAGCCGUGAUGAAUAAAGCAGGACACACACACACUGACUAACCAGCAGUGGAGACACAACGGAAUAUAAAUAUAAUCGAAGAGGGAAGUUUGACCACAGGGCAGCUAGCAAAGCUUGUUUUAACAUGAGCUACUGCACAGAUGGGCUAUGCAUUUUUAAAACAUGACACUCACUAAUUAUAAAUAUGGAUGUAAAUGGAAAUGACAGAAUUUCGCUAUCAGGCCGCCGUUACUGGUGGCCCUUAUUGUCUGUCAUCUGCUUCUUGAGGAAGUCUUUUUACGCCGUUGUCAGACCUCACCUUUAACCUCGUGACAUUUGCCCUCCUGCGCUGUAGCCUUCACGACUCCAGCUUGUAGCUGAUUGCACGGAUAGCACAAGAAGGGGAAUUUUCCCAUCGGCUAAAUGUUGUGUCUGUCUGUUGUGGCCAGAGACCGGCCGGAGAGACGGCUGAAAAACACAGAGGACAGCGGCAGCAUGGGAAACGAGCACAAAGAGAAGCACCAGAUGAAUUCAAACCGUUUUUAAUAUAACAUUCAGUAAGAAGCUAUUAGUAAGGAAUGGUUGAACUAUUCAAGAUUUAUUAUUAAUAUUGAAAAUUAACCAGUUUUUAUUCAGCGUCUGUGUUUUGAUAACGUUGAUGAUAUUGUUGUUUUUUUUUUAUUUAUUUAUCUAUCAGUGAAAGAUCAAAUCUAUAUAAUAACCUUAAACUUCCCAGUGUCAAUGUAUUCUAAUAAAAAGAUUUAAAACAAAAAUGUACAACAAGCCAAAUGUAAAUUUAAAACAGUGUUGGCAUAAAAAAAAAAAAAAAAAGAGCUGCCUGGUUUAUACCAGCUGUUUCUGUCCUCCACAGCGACUCGUGUCAGAAGUGCAAGCGAUCUGCAGGGGGUGUGUAUUGUUGUUUUAGCCACUCGCACAGAUCUCCAGUGUUUUUUUGUUUUUUUUGCAACAGUUUGCACACACGUGAGUGGCGUUCGCCAAACGGGAAGAGCAGGAAAGCAGUCUGAAUGCUUGUUGGUUUUAACACAUUCAUAGCCGAACAUAACAAAGGUUCACUCAAGGUUCAAUUGUCCGCUAUUCCAACUGACACAAACAGAAGUAUUUGCAAGCAAAUGAAGAAUUUUCCUUUCCUUUUUAAGAAUGAGGAGAUGUAGAAACCUUCUUUCAGACAGCUGGACAGCAGUGCACAGCAGCGGAUUGAGGGGAAGACAUCGAUACAUGACUCUCUGUUACAUAAAGCUGGAAGAAAACACUCAUGCACUUGCUCUAGCAUGGCAUGAGAGAAAGAUUUAGCAGUUCUCUACUUGUUUAAAAACCUUGAAGAACCUUGAUACUGGUAACCAGCCUUGGUCUAAUUUCUUGCAUCCUUCAUGCAUGUAAAGAAAUUACUACAAAAUGUUGUUGCGGUAGUAAAAUUGUCCGUACCGCUGGCAGAUUUAGGUUUAAAUAAUGUUUUUAUUUUACCUACAUGUUUCGUCUGACUGGAUGUAAUAUUAACAUGUUAGGGUGACCCAAAAAGCUACUCAGUAACUAUAAGAGCAUUUGAUAUUGUCAAUAAAAAUGACUAUAGAGAAGGAUGUAAAUAAUCUUGAACAUGCCAUUUUUACUAAAAUAGAAAUAAACAUUUUUUCUUUUU